AUGAAACCUACUUUAGCUAGGCCAAAACAGAAUUCAAGUACCUCUGAAACUAAUUGGUCGUCGAGGAUAUGGUCCAAAGAUGGUGGUUGUCCUUUUGGAACGGUUCCCAUUAAAAUAAUUACUAAAGAAGAUCUUGUUAGACAAAGAAAUAUGCCACCGCCAGAAGAUGUUAUAAUUGACACUGAGUUGACGAAUACUAUUAACAACAAAAGUGACUCGAAAGGAAGAUACAUAUCUUCGCCAGCAUACAAGCUUGCAAUAGUUCGAAUUCUAGAAAAUCGAAAUAACAAGUUUGGGGGAGCUGGAAUGGCUACUAGUUUAUAUAAUCCUCAUGUCAAAGGUCAGCAACAUAGUGCAUGUCGAUUGAAAAUUCAGAAAGGAUCAGACAUUUUACAAGUUGGUUGGAGAGUGGAUCCAACUCUAUAUAGGGACAAUAAGACUAGGCUUUUUAUACAUUUUCAAGCUGGCAAUAAACAUUGUUUCAACGUACUAUGCCCGGGAUUUGUACUAGUAAACAAUGAGAUACCUAUUGAUAUGGCUUUCGAUAAGAUUUCACGCCGUGGAGAAAGGCGUACAUGGGAGUUCAGAAUGUUCAUCGAUCGGGAUCUAGUCAAUGGAAACUGGUGGCUUUUACUUGCCAAAAGAUAUGUGAAAAUUGGUUUUUGGCCCCAAAGGAUCUUCACUAGCUUGGCAAGCUUUGCUAAUAACAUCGAGUGGGGAGGUGUUGCGUAUAGCCCACCAGGUGUGCCUAAACCUCCAAUGGGCUCAAGUUUUUUUCCUAUUGCACAGAGCAAUUAUGAUGCCUAUUGUAGGGGGCUUAGCGUUUUAAAUGAUAAAGGUGCGACAAUAAACGUCGAUGAAACGACAAUAUAUGUUGACGAUCCUAAGUUGUAUCAAGUAUUGGAUUACCCACAUGCAGCACCUGGAAAGUUCCAACAUUGGGUAUUUUAUGGGGGACCGGGAGAGAGUCAUCAACUCUAAAUGUGAUGC